AUGGACUCAGACAAGACAAGAAGACAAUAUGAUAUAGAUACCCGAGUGAAUCCAGUUAAGGUCUUUAUCGCCAUUGCCAUUAUCCGUGGUGACGGUCUCUACAAUCUUGUCAAGAUCAUCGCUGUCAGUGUGGAGGAAAUAUGCACCAAUAGCUCGCGACAACUCAAUCUACCCAUUGUUGCCAACGUUGUAGAUGACAGCGAAGCCGUUGAGGUAUUGCUGGUAAAGAAGAGAAGAGAUGAAGUAUUCAUGAAGGAUCGUAUACCCCUUGGAUUUGCGUUUCUGGUUAUGCAUGACAAAGUACCAUUUCAACGGUGGAAAUAUAAUUGGGAUUACUGCGGUUGA